CCCGACGCGUUGAGGCGUGCUCCCCAAACCGAAGUUGCAGUCUGUAAAGAGCAGCGUCUGGUCGCCGUUGGCCUGUGCUGCGGAGCAGUCCGCCGCCAGUUCCCGUCCGCGGGAUGCUGCUGCUAUCUUUGGGCGGCCAGUGGGCGGCCGGGCUGAGGCCUGGCGGGAAGAGGAUGGCAUGGUGGGCGGCUGCCAUGCUCCGAAGGCCCAGUGUGGCGGUCUCGCGAGCGAUCUACUGCAGCAGGCCCUUGGGGCCGGUCGUCGGCGGGAGCGCGGGGCUGCAAGGAGCCCACCCCCUUCUCCGGCGUCUUGGGCCAGUACAGAUACCUGUUUGUUGGGAUAGGUAUGUUCGAUACUUACAUACACAACUUGACAAAUCAGAAGAUGGAAGGCUGAUUUAUACUGGGAAUCUGGCUCGUGCAGUAUUUGGUGUGAAAUGUUUCUCUUAUUCUACAAGUAUGCUCAGCCUUGCAUUUCUACCAUACAUUUUAGCACAAAAUAAUAUUAUAUUUGGAAGUCUGCCUUUGCAAAUCUUAUUUUAUGGCAUCAUAGGAAGCUUUACAGUGAUCACUCCAGUGCUGCUUCACUUUGUUACAAAAGGCUAUGUUAUUCGGCUAUACCAUGAGGCCACAACGGACACUUACAAAGCCAUUACUUACAGCGUUGUGCUUUCAGAAAAGAGUACGGUAUUUCACCAGAAUGAUGUGAAGAUUCCAGACAGCACACAUCUUUUUACCACAUUUUAUGCUAAAACAAAAUCAUUGUUAGUUAAUCCAGGGCUCUUUCCAAACCCUGAAGACUAUAACCAUCUAAUGGGUUAUGACAAACCAUUCACUUUUGACACAGAAGAAACCAAUGAAAAGAAGCAGUUUGAGGAUGAGAAAUGAGCUUGUUGUUUGUUUUUAUGUUUGUGCUUAAGUGUGAUUUUUGUUUCAUUGUAUGAUAAGAUUGUCUUUACUUUUGUGUUGUUAGUGAUUAAUAAAAAUAAUUUAGAACUACCAGA